AUGUGCUUUUACAACCAAAAGCGAUUUUCGUGUGGGGACUGGAGCUGGACCAACUUCGCCCAUCGGUGCAAUUACGAGUAUCGCACAGGCGAGACGUGUGGUAUGAAACUCGUGAACAUGACCGAAAACGAUAACAGCAAGUGCCGCCUCUGUGAAAAGAUUGAGACCAAAUUCCGGCGGCGAAGCGCCGAGGUCGACCGCCUAGAACGGUGGAAACGUGAGGGGGCCACUCUUGUUGCCUCCAUGGACCGAUCCCAGAAACUCAUAAUGGACUUGGACAAGGAAAUUUACGUCUUGCAACGGGAGCGUGAGGAUCGACGCACGACCCUUACACGAUAA